GUUCGUAUUCAUCGUCUUCAGAAGAUCAUGGACAGGCUGAAGAUCAGUUAAAACUAAAGCAGUGGGGUCAAUUCGACAGCAUAAAGUUGGUAAUCAACGAGGACCAAUCUCAGAUUCUCACAGCCUAACGAUUUCAUUGUUGGAAAGUUGAAAAGACAAUAUAUAUAUUAAUAGCAUAUCAGAAAAUGUGAUUUUGUUGCCUUUUUCUUCGCAACAAAUAGUUUCUUUCGCUUUGCAAACAUGGUGGUCGGUUAGGUUCUUUUUUUUUUGGAUUCAACAAAACUGCAGGCUUCAGUUUCGCUCUUGCAAAGUUGCAAACUCAUCUCCCUCCCUCAUUCUCUGACUAGCUCAACUGAAUUGAAGUUUGAGACACUUUAGUGGGUUUCCCAGUUCUGUACUCGGAGCUUUUUGAGUGGAAAUGUCGGAAGUGGGAGGAUCGUAUACUAGGCGGGACGACCUGGCGAGUCUUGUGGAGGACUCGGGGAUACUAUAUGGCGGGGAACCAAUCGGAAUCUUGACGCCCUCGUUUGCAACGACGAGCUCCGAAUACGUAUCGGGUGACUCGCGGACCCGUGAAUCGGAGAGCCUCAAGGAUCAGGCCAAGGGAUUCAUGAUGGCUUGGGGCGAAAUACUCCUGGAGUUUGGUCGAGGCUGCAGGGACAUUGCUCAGCAGAGCCUUCUGACCGAGGAUUCGUAUCUCGUUCGAAAGUUUCGGAGGCCGUACUCUAAGGUUUCGGGUAGAUUGAAGUACCUGAAUGAGUUUUUACCUGAGGAUCGCGAUCCGGCUCAUGCGUGGUCCGUUCUGUUCUUCGUUUUCAUUCUUGCACUUGCAGCUAUGAACGUAAAUACCAAUCAUAACAGGGUUCCGCCAGUAAAGAAAGUGCGGAUACAUCCUCCCACUGCAAGCCGUAUACUACUUCCAGAUGGUAGACAUAUGGCUUAUCAUGAGCAAGGUGUUCCAGCUGAUAGAGCAAGAUUUUCCCUUAUGGCUCCACAUCCUUUUCUUUCCUCACGACUUGCAGGUAUACCGGGUGUUAAAAUGUCAUUGCUUGAAGAGUAUGGUAUUCGAUUGGUCACAUAUGAUCUUCCUGGUUUUGGGGAGAGUGAUCCUCAUCUCAGUCGGACUCUUAACUCAUCAGCAUUUGAUAUAUUGCACCUGGCUAAUGCGGUUGGUAUCUGUGACAAGUUCUGGAUGCUGGGCUACUCAAGUGGAGCGAUGCAUGCUUGGGCUGCUCUCAGAUACAUUCCUAACAGGAUUGCAGGCGCAGCCAUGUUGGCCCCAAUGAUUAAUCCAUAUGAGCGGGGCUUGAAUAAAGAAGAGAUUAAAAAAAUUUGGGAAACCUGGGUUCCAAGCAGAAAGUUAUUUUACUUCUUUGCUCGUAGAUUCCCAAAGUUACUCUCCUAUUUAUAUUGGCGAAGUUUCCUAUCUGGAAAGCAUGAUCGAAUUGAGAACAGGUUGAAUCUGUCGCUGGGAAAAAGGGAUCAAAUGCUGGUUGAAGAGCCAAUAUUUGAAGAGUUUUGGCAUAGGGAUGUGGAAGAGUCUAUCCGCCAGGGCAAUCCAAAACCAUUCAUCCAGGAAGCCAUGCUUCAGGUAUCAGAUUGGGGCUUUAGCCCAGCAGAUCUUCAGGUGCAGAGGAAGUGUCAGAGAAGAGGCUUGCUUUCUUGGCUAAGGUCAUUGUACAGCCAGGAAGAAUGUGAGUUGGCAGGAUUCCUAGGCCCAAUACACAUUUGGCAGGGAAUGGAUGAUCAGGUAGUCCCACCACCAGUGACUGAUUAUAUAGUCCGAGGUCUACCAGAGGCCAUUGUGCAUAAGCUCCCAAACGAAGGCCAUUUCUCUUAUUUCUUCUUCUGUGAUGAAUGCCAGAGACAGAUAUUUUCCACACUUUUUGGUGUCCCCCAAGGUCCACUUGACUUAAAAGUUGAAAUGGAUCGAACUCCAUUGGAAGGUGAGAGAACUGCUGCAGAUUCUUCCACAAAAUGAUUAUUGCUGAUGAUUAAUUAUGACCAAUAUGCUAGAUUUUACUUGAAAUUCGGAUAAAAUACAAGUUGCUCCUAUGCUCUCGGAGCAUGAAAGAUGAGGGUUGAAUUACUGUCCUUUUCAUAAUUUUUAAUGAUAAGAAAUUCCAAUGAGAGAAGUUGAAAAGCAA